GUACAGUAAACAUCCUUGUCCUAUAUUUGGAUCAAAAUAACAAACCUCAAGGAGAAUAGCAAUGCGCAUGUCAAAAUCAUAUUGACGGGUUAUUUUAACUUAUAGUCUGAUUCUUUGAACAACUCCUCGUAAAAUGUCUAAACCAAAAGUAUACGUUACUCGACGGGUACCGGUUGAUGGAUUGGAACUUCUGAAACGUAAAUGUGAGGUACAAAUCUGGGAUGUCGAUGAAGUUAUUCCGAGAAAGACUUUAUUAGAGAAUGUUAAAGGAAUUAACGGAAUAUUCUGUUUGAUAACAGAAACGAUCGAUGCUGAAUUCCUAGAUGCUGCUGGUCCUGACCUCAGAGUUGUGGCCACGAUGUCCGUUGGGACUGACCAUAUUGAUUUGAAGGAGUGUAAGAAGAGGGGAGUUUUCGUCUCUAACACACCGGAUAUAGCUUCGGACAGUGCCGCUGAUCUUACUAUGGCGCUUGUCCUAAUGACAACAAGACGUCUUGUUGAAGGAGUAGAUGCUGUUCGACAAGGUCAGUGGACACAUUGGAAACCCAUGUGGUUAUGUGGUUCAAAUAUGAUGUCUAAAACUAUUGGUAUUCUGGGAUUUGGUCGUGUUGGCUUUGGUGUUGCGAGGCGACUUAAACCGUUUGGGGUCAAAGAAAUUAUUUAUAACGAUAUCCGACCACAUGAAUUCGCAAAAGAUAUCGCUACCUUUGUCUCGUUUGACGAGAUUUUAGAGAAAUCAGACAUAAUUUGCAUAUGUUGUGCACUGACGUCACUGACAAAGGGUUUAUUCAAUCAAAGUACCUUUAAAAAAAUGAAAAUGAAACCCGUGUUGAUAAAUACAUCAAGAGGAGGAAUUGUUCAACUUGAUGAUUUGCAUAAUGCGUUAACAUCCGGUCAGAUUUCAGCGGCUGGACUUGAUGUCACCGAACCGGAACCUCUUCCGUCGGACCACCCAUUGGUGUCUUUACCGAAUUGUGUCAUUUUACCUCACAUGGGUACUAACACGAAUGAAGCAAGGAAGAGUAUGUCAAUAAACACAGCAAAAAACAUUUUGGCGGUCCUUGAUCUUACUGAUUCGGAUUGAAUGAGUUAUACUUAUUUGCUCUUUUUCAAAAAUUGGAUGCAAUUGUAUUCGUUUUUUUGACAUUUUUUUAAAGACAGUAUCUAUGGCACAUCAAACGAUUUUUGUAUUGGAAGGCACGCUUAUCUAUAAUUAUUCUAAUCAUUAUACACACAAGGUGGAUGCAAUAAAUAAUAGCUUUUACUUUGUUUCAAUAAAGCAUUUUGCAAAGUACAGUGUUCGUUUCCGUUCGUAGUGACUACAAACAGAAACAUAUAUGUCUGUGCUAUAAAACAUGUAAAAAUGUGUAAAAUAUGAUAGUGUUGUGAGAUUAUAGGUCAAUUAACUUUUAAAUUUGAUUAUAGAUUAUCUUAAAUAAAAUGUUGAACUGA